AUGGGCGAGCAGCGUAGGCCAAGGUUGAGAGGAAGAAAAACAGAUUCAUCGGUUAGUAGAAGUCGUUCAACAUCUCCUUCUCUCUUCUUUAAAAGCUCUUCUUCCUCAAAUCUUCUGAGAUUGAAACAAGCACGGUCUCCUCUUCGAGAGUCAAGAAGCAUAUCGACCACUCGUGCCACUAUAGACAAUGCAGUGGCCGAAACUGAAGGGAAUUCUGAAGAAUUUGGAAACUCAAAAGACAGCUCUAAUAAUCUAAUGAUCGACGUCCUCCCAUCCUUCGAGCUCUAUAAUGCUCUUCACAGGCAUAUUCCUAGAGGAAACGUUAAUGCAGAUCAUCAUGAUUUUCCCCCAACAUAUCAGGAGGUGCAAACUAGGAACCCUUCUCAUACAAGUCUUUCAACAACCUCGAUUCCAAUGGAUGGCACGCCGACAGAUGGGUCAAGUUCAUCAGAAAACCUGCGUUCAUUGUCUAGGGAUCCGUACUUGAAUUUGGAAUCUUUCAGUACCGUUCAAGAACCUAUCGAGGAUGAUCUCAAUGAUACGGAUAAUAUUUUUAUUGAUAAGCUGUACAGCUUACCAAAAGCAACGAUGCCAAUAGAAAUUGAUAUUCAUGUCACAAAACAAGUGGCUGAUCCCGAUCGCGCCAUGGAAGAAGAAUCAAUUUUGAAGGAAUAUACAUCUGGGGAUAUCAUAAAUGGCUAUGUCAUCAUUGAGAACAAAUCAUCGCGCCCGUUAAAAUUUGAGAUGUUUUACGUCUCUCUGGAAGGUUACACAAGCGUAAUCGAUAAAGAUUAUGGUAAACGCACCGUUAAGAGAUUUUUGAGAAUGGUUGAUAUAAGUGCAAGCUGGUCUUACUCGAAAAUUGACGUCUCAAGUGGCAUUAACUACACCCCCGGCCGUCUUGAUUACGACAAUUGUUACAUUGGUUUGAAUAACAAUCGAACGCUUGAAGUGGGAACGAAAUACAAGAAGUUUUUCAUGUUUAAACUUCCCACGCAGCUCUUAGAUAUCUCCUGCAAGCAUGAACAAUUUUCACAUUGUCUAGUACCUCCCAGCUUUGGUAUCGACAAAAACAAAAGCAAUGGUAAGUACUCGGGUAUUAAAGUUAAUCCCAUGCUUGGAUAUGGUCAUCUUGGUACCAAGGGCUGUCCAAUUUUGACAAACGACUUAUCAACUGAUGACGUCUCCAUAAAUUAUACCAUUGAUGCAAAAAUUGUAGGAAAAGACGUUAAGACGCAAAAAUUGAAUAUAAUGAGAGAAAAAGAAUAUAAUUUGCGCUUCAUUCCGUUUGGUUUUUGCCAACCGUUAUUGGGAGAGCGCCCACCAUUGAAGCAAAUCUACAGCUUAACGAAGUUGAUACAAGAAAGGAUUGAUUCCUUAACUAAAGUCCUCAACCGCCUCAAGAAGAACGAAAAUAUAACAGUUGCAGAUAUCAGCAAUACCGACAUUAGUGGAUCAAUUGUUAAUGUGAAUGAAGUUGAUUCAUCUGAACUACUACGAUUGAAAUUGAACCAACUAUAUAUUGACAAUCGAUUGGACCCGGCAUGCUCGUCAUUUCCGUUGAAGAAUGGAAAGCUUUCAAGUCACAAAAAUUUGGUUGAGGCAGAAUUUAGUUACAGCUUAAAAACGAAGUCCAAAUCUUCAACAAAAUUGAAAAAGGGAAUUUUCUCUGGUUUUGCAAGCAAUGGCAGUAGCACUUCAUCCAGCACACAACCCAAGUCAUCCUUCAAAUCUGGUAUCAUUGUUCUUUCUGCAGAGCUACCCAAGGAGGGUUUGCCGUAUAUCGAACCAUCCCUACUCAAGAAAACUAAUGCUCUCGAAAAACAAAGCAAGCACAACCAGGAUAAUUGGCAAAGCAUGAUUGAUUCGCUUACUGAUGACGACCUGAAUAUUCUAUCAAAACUGAAUGUGCGAUUAAGAUGUAUCCAAGCUGCGAACAGUGAACCGCAUUCACCUCCAGAGAUAAAUAGUUUAACAACAGAACUAAUCUGCAUAACGGCAAAAUCUAUCAACUCCAUCCCUGUCAAGUUGAACGCCGAAUUAUUAUUAAAUGAAGAUAAAGUUUCAACAGUAAGAUCCACUUUCCAACAAUUCAGAGACCAAACAAGAGACCUUCAGAAGGAAUUCGAAGAAAACUGCGCCGAAUUAAAUUUACUUUUCAAUAGAUCGGGGGGUGCGGAAACGCAUCAAGAACUACGGUUCACAGACUUUUUGUCUAAGCAGCUCAUUACGGACAUCGAGAGCAUGGCAAGUCUAAGAGUUGAUAUUCAGCCUUUGCAACAUGUUUUCAAAAAGCAGAUUCACACUUUAACUUUUGAUGAUGACUCGGUCUCUGCCUCAAUGUCAAAGAGUAACAGUACUGGUAGCAUUCUAUCAGCCCCCUUUAGUGCGUCGUCAUCUAACGGUAACUUGCAUGGAGCUACAUCUGAAAAAAUGAAAGAGCAAUUAACUCGAGAAUGGAUACAAAGUAGCGAAUCAGAAUACGAUCGUGUGAUUACGGUUAAUUUGUGCUUCAAUCCUAAUAUUAAGGAAACAUUGAUUCCCACAUUUGAAAGCUGCCUCUUAUGUCGGAUGUACUGCGUCAGAGUUAAUAUUAAGUUCGACGGACAGGUCGGUACCGCAUGUAUAGAUAUUCCAGUGCGUAUAAGGAAACUUGAAGCAUGA